AGGGAGGGAAAGAGAGAGAGAGAGAGAGAGAGAGAGGGAAGCAGCCAAGCAGAGAGGGAGCUGGCGGUCUGGUGGCCUUGCAUAACACACGUUGGAGCAGCCUUGAACGCAGGACUUGGUGUUAGCUACAGCAGAGGGGGACUUCCUUUACCGUCAGCCCGUUGCAGCCGCAGCGGAGCCUCCACAUCGGAGAGUCGAGAGAGGACGGCAGAGCUGGAGCAGCUCCAGCACAGGCUGCGGGAGGAGAGAGCGGCACAAAGGAGAGAUUCAGGAAGAGGACUCCUAGAAAACACGUCUCCAACACACAGACACACACACGCACACACACACACACACACACACACACACACACACACACACACACACACACGCACACAGACACACACUCACACUGAGAGGCAGGACGACUCAUUGGACAUGCUCUGCAAGCAGUGGCUGUGGAGAGACUGAUUCCUGCCGACGUUGUGGAAGAGGUGGAUCAGUCAGAGAUGAUUCCUCAUGAAGUCUAUGGAGCUCAUUUUGUGAGCUGGAGCUACUCCAUCUUCUCUGGUCUGAGAUCUGGAGCCGUCUACCAGUGAGAGCCAGAGCCACACAGCACACAGAGAGGCAGAGGGAGACAAAGAAAGACCCAGAGCAACCUAAACGCACUAACUGGGAAUAUUAAAACCACACUGGCACAAUGAAAUCCAACCAGGAGCGAAAUAAUGGAUGUCUGCCUCCUAAGAAGAGGGAGAUCCUUGCUCUGGAGCAGAGGCCAAUGGUCGUAGCCACAGCAGCACCUCCAGCUGCAGUGGUUACUGAUAGUCCACACACAGAGAACCUAGCAUGGCUGGCAAGUGUAGCCAGCGAACGCUGCAAAUCCAGGGACGCAGAAAGCCCAAGAUGUCCCAUCUCCUCCACUUCCUCCUACUCUCCCUCCACCUCUAUCCCUUCCUCGACCACUCCUCUGUCUGCGGUGCCCCUGGCUUCUCUCCCUGCAGUUUACCCCACAGCCCUUCACCAGCAGGCCGGGACUAUCCAGUUUGCUCAGCUGGGACCCAACGUUCAGUUCAUCAGCUCUGGGCCCUACGCUGGCUACAUCUCCUCUCACAUCAUCUCCGCCAAUGCUGGCUCUGCACUUAACAGCUCUACCAUGGCACAGCGUCCCCAGCUGGAUGGCUACACCACUGCCCUCAUCUCCCCCAACACCAAAGGGGAGCAGCAGUUUCACAUAGGCCUCUCUCCCACAGAAAUGACUCCUGUGUCGCUUCCUAACUCUCCCCAAGUCACCAGCCAGUACAUUCAUCUGGACAGCAGAACACCUCUGGCUGUAAGCGGAAACACCAUCACUUCACCCACAGCCCACCUCCAGCUCCACCCUCACACAGCUGUCCUCCCUCAAACGCUAACCCUGGCUCCCUCCCAACUUUUGGUACAGUAUGCAGAUGGUUCAGUUGGAAAGAAACCAGAGGGGCAUGCUAAGGGUGUACUGAAUGGGGAAUUUGAGGUGGUCAAACAGACUAAAACUCCCAGUCAUCAUGUGAACCAUCAGCAUGUCCAGAGCUAUGAGACCAGACAUAUCCUCCUGCCUGCAGACUACGGCCAAAACCCUUCAGGACUCCAGACCUCCUUGGUGCUGUUGGCCCAGCCCAACCAUGGAGCUGAACGGGAAACUGGCUUAAAUAAGUUCUCAUUUGUCCAGACUGAGAAAGGAGGCAUCUGUUUGGGGAAACCAGUGUCGAGAUCCUCCUCCUUCACCUCCCUCUCUUCCUCAGAUUUGGUUAAGUCUGUUGCUCCUCAUACAGUCAUCCAGACCACUCUAGCCCACGAGGAGCUGCCAGCCAGUCUGUAUUCCACCACACAGCCGCCCAUCAUUGGCUACAUCACCAGUGCAAAUCAGCAUGCUGUCAGCUACCAUGCGGCGCUGCCUCAGCACCUGGUUAUCCCCAGUGGUCAGUCCCUCCUCAUUCCAGUCAGCGGCACCAAUAACGGCACCGAAAUUGAGGUGAGUCGUGCUGUCAGCACCCUGACUGCUACGACUACCCCUCAUAUAUCCACCGCCAUGCCGCAUGCCUAUCUGGCCACGGCCCUGUCCAAGUGUGAGGCGCUUGGGCCAGAUGGAAAUCAGCCACCCCCUGCUGUCGCUCAGGCACCAGCAAUGCCAGUCCUGCCCUCGAACCCGGCUCCGGCCAUGGUGGCAGCUCCCUCCCCAACUCCUGCUCCUGUCCCCAGUCCCGCCCCUGUUUCCAUCCAAUCCUCCCACUCCAUUUCCUCUCCUUCUUCCCCUGUGGCACUUCCUCCGUUCUUCAUGCGAGGAUCCAUCAUCCAGCUGGCCGAUGGGGAGCUGAAACGCGUGGAGGACCUGAAGACGGAGGACUUCAUUCAGAGCGCUGAGAUUAGUAGUGAGCUGAAGAUUGAUUCCAGCACUGUUGAGCGUAUUGACAGUGGACAGAGUCCUAAUGCCGUUGUCAUACAGUUCUCAGUGGGAGAGCUCAAAGCCCAGGUGUGCGUGGAGGUGCUGCUGGAGUAUCCCUUCUUUGUAUUUGGCCAGGGCUGGUCCUCCUGCUGCCCAGACCGGACCACCCAGCUGUUUGAGCUCUCCUGUGCUAAGCUGUGUGUGGGUGAUGUAUGCGUGUCGCUGACCCUCCGCAGCUUGAGGACCACUUCAGUAACAGACAGCCAGGCUUCGGGGACCAAGCUGAAGACGGGUCACUUCUCUGACUCUUGUCACAAUGUGGAUCCCCCCGUCGUGAAAAUGAGUCCUAGUCCAAAUGCUGCAGGCAGAAAUAGCGGCCCCCCCAUGAAGGCUUCCAGUGCAGACAGGCUGGAGAGGGACCAGGUUAUUGGACCAGGAUCAGGACAAGGACUAGAACUACUAUCGGGAUUGGGACUAGUUCCAGGACCAGGGGAGGGGAUCUAUGGAGCUGGAGCAAUGCUGGCAGUCUCUGGGACUGUAGAAGUGAGACAGGAAUCAGUGAAAACAGACACGCCUGCCCUUACCAAAAUACAAUGCAGUGAUCCAGAGAGACCCAACGUUCGCAAGAGACGCUGGUCAGCUCCAGAGCGCGACCAGACUGAACGAGCUGAGGAGGAGCCUCCUCUGACUCUGCCCAAACCUUCCUUCAUCCCUCAGGAGGUAAAAAUCAGCAUAGAGGGCCACUCCAGGAUUGGGAGUGGAAGGUGCUUGAAUAAAAGAAUAGACUGUUGAGAGAACUUCAAGGAGUUUUGAUUACCUGUGGUUUGCUUUGUGUUUGAUUCCCUCUCUUUCCAGACUACUGUAAUAUACGCUGAGUUUACACAAUAUUUACACGUUUUUCUUUUUCUUUUUCUUCACACAAGUCUGAUAUCUACAAUGAAGUACAGUAGAGCACCUUCAUAAGCGGUAUCAAAUACGAGAUCAGUGCAAUCAUUGCUUAAAGCAAAAAUGAAUGCGGCGUGAAUGUUGAGCAUGAAUGGAAGUCGGACACCUGAGAGACUUUUGACUUGCGUGUCGCACAUCAUAAGCUGAUUCCCCUUCGUCGACGUGGCAGUCGUCCAUUCCUCUUAUCACACGAACAAGCACAGACCCCAAUGUCAGCGUGUACAAAGUGGGUAACCAUGUUUUGAUUACCAACCCGUUUGUUUCACUGUCAAUUUGGUUUGUCGUGAUGUUUAUGGGCGUUUGAGGUCAAAGGGAGAUCUGCGUUUUAACGACGACGCUCAAUCACCAAGGCGGUGAUCUUUGCUGCCUUGAGUUUCUGAUGAAGUUUUAUUUAAUUACAUUACGUUUUCAUUUUCAUACCGUUGCAGAUGUGUGCGCUGCCGCAGGUGCCUGUGUGUGUUUGUGUGUGUGUGUGUGUGUGUGUGUGAGUGUGUCUGUCUGUGUGUUUUUCUGUGUGGCUGUCAGAUGGAGCGCAGCAUUAAGGUGUGUUUAAGUGGCCGUAGCUGUGAGCUCCUUUGUCCAUACAACCUGCAAAUAUCAAGACUGAAAAGGCCUGAAUGUAAGUCGCUGAAUUAGUCUUCAAUCAAUGUAUCAUUUGAUCCCAUUGCUUUAAAAUGUGUGGGUGGCAGCAGUUGCACAUGUGUGCUUUUCUCUGAUGAAGUUCCUGCGUCAAAUUUUAGCAAAUUUAUGUAUGGACUUGUACUGCAAUAUAAACUCUAGUUGGUCGAACUGCAUUCAUUUAUUAUUUUGCUACUUGAGGGCAGCGCUGACAUAUUUUAUAUGGCAAACUUAGAAAACGAUUGAGCAAUUAUACAUCAAGCAACACAGAUCAUUAUUCAUUUGGAGUCAUCGUUCAGGUGGUCUGAUAAAUAAAGUCCAGUUGACCCUACUUGUUGCUCUGUUUUGGUCUCAACCCGCUCCUGAGGGAAAUCUCUGGCCCUUGAGUCACUAAAUUCUCCAUCUUGGUCACCAGCUAGUUUCUAACUCUGUUUGCCGUUUGCUGCCGUGCAGGAAGUGUAGAAUGGAUUCAUCAGAGCAUUUCACUGAAACAACUACCUCCUGCGCCUCAAAUCCACCCUGGUGAGAGAAUGUUGCAGGCCAUAAAACCAAAACAUUGAGCUGAAGGAGGCUAAACAGCUUUGCAGAGCUAAGAGGAAUGGCAGAGUCUGGUAACAAGAGUCUCUCUUUACAUUACACAUAACCAUCAUAAUAACAACAAAGUUAAUAAAAACAUGCUGCUGAAAGCAACUUUAAAUGCAAACACAUCAUAAAACAAAGAUAAAUAUGGCAUAUAUAUGUAGUUUAGGGUAAAACCUAUUUUCCUCAAUGCUGGCAUGCCUUUCUUAAGUCCAUACCUGUUAUAUCAGAGUAUGGCUGUUUUGAUUAAAACUGCUUUUUUUAGUAGAGCCAUAAUACAUAUUCUACAGUUCAUACUCAGGAACCGUGUGUAUCUGUAAGUGUGUGUGUGUGUGUGUGUGUGUGUGUGCGUUGGUCUGAGACAGCAGGUGUUUGUCCACAGUCAAUGUACGUGUUUGUGUCCUGAGCAGCAGCACUUUGAUCAAGCAUCCAGCAGGUGAGUGUGUGGCGUCCCUGUUCCUCAGCUGUUAGAUGUAAAGAAAAUAACCAACUGACUGUUUUGUAUCCGUCCCACAGGGAUAUCAUUGAGAGAAAACAUUAUAUACCAGGGCAGGGAAUGUAAACACACAUCUCAACUUUAUUUUUGAUGACUGACAGAGCUACUAUACCGAGAAAGAAAGAGUUGUAGAGCCAGCGAGAGUUGAUCAUGUACAGUAAGUUGUAUCCUAGAGAGUGUACAGUGUGUGUGUGAAUGUGUGUGUGGGUGUGUGUAUAGAUAUUCUAACCCUUAUGUAGCCUAUGUACUGUAUGUGCCACAGCGCCUCCUUCUUCAAUCAUUCCAUUAACUCACCAAUAUCAAGUGCUCCUGCUAUCAUUUCGGUCAGUUCAGGUAUUGAUCUAAUGUUCAUGAAUGUGCAGCAGUUCUUUGGAAACAUCGACGUACACCUGGCCUCCUCAGAAUAUCAUUUGACUUGCACACUGUAACGUGUAUGUGAACUGCAAAUCAUAAUAGCCAUUAACUUUGAUAACUCCUGAAAGGUGUUUAUUGUAACCCCAGUAACCAGACUGUUCUCCUCUGUGUGUGUUUGACUGCUCAGGCGUAACACUGCCCAGCGACUGUUCUUCACCAAAAUGAUGUGGUCUUAUCUCCUUCACUGUUGCAUAGUAGAGGUACUGUUUCAUCAGUGGGUCUUUGUAGUCAUUUCCUCUCUCGUGAGCCUGGCCUGUGUUUGUACUUUUUAAAAGACAUUUUAAUUUUUCAAUUACAGACCUGCAAUGACAUCAUGACACAGACAAAUCUUUAACAUCUAGGAAUAAUGCUUAAAAGGAAUAAUCUCACAUUUUCGCGGAAAGACACUUUUUCGUAUUCUUGCCGAGUGAGGCGACUCUUCAGCAAGAAAGCAAAUAAGCACAUUUCCCCAAAAUGCUGAAAUGUACCUGAAAGGCCAUGCACACCCACAAAAGCUCAUAAAUAUGCUUAAACUGGGCCACUUAAAAUUUGUAAGAGCCUUUCUAAAUAAUGUUGAAUAUGGUGUAUAAGCACCGCCUUGUGGUAAUCUAUGGAAUUGCACUUUGUUAUAUGGGGUGGGGGUGGGGUUUAGUCUAACUAUACACAGAAGUAAUGUACAGCAUGUCUGAGAGAAACUGUACUCUAUCAGUACAGGAUCUCAGUGAUUUGUAAAUAGCCAAAGUCUUCCAUUAUAAUGUUGGUAUGACCUUGCUGACAGUGGAGAGGAUACACACUGAUCCUGAUGUACAGACCUUUGAAGUGAAGUUUAAUUUAAAAAGUACAUCAUUUAUUUGAAAGAAAUACAGGAUAUAGCGUCACCUAAGAUAUUUGUCUUUCACACCAGCUCAAAAAACAGGAAAUUAUGGGAGUAAAAGACUUAAAAAAAAAAAAAAAGGAUUUUGUAAAUCGGUCUGUUUGUUGGAUAAAUCUCAGCCAAGAUGCAGUAUGUCCUACGUACAGUAUGUCGUAAGUAUCAAUAAUGUUCCCUUAUUUUGAUGGUGUUGAGGUUUGCUAGUCAGAUACUGUUUAAUCUUUACUUCAAAUGUUUGAUUUUACAUUUGAUCAAAUAUAUUCAAAGAAAUAAAAGUCUAAAGAAUA